GCCUGUUGGAAAACAUUUAACUGCUCUUGGUGGAAACUGAUCCUCGUGUUGCUUUGCUAAACAUCUCAGCAGAAGUCGACUGGACAGGCAUUCAAGAUGGAAAUCAAGAAAAAAAACAUAUUGGAGAAUUUGCGGCUAAAAACUAAGUUGCCCAACCUUAAGAAGCCACGAAGGAAGGAACUCGCCAAGCAGGGGAGGAAUCUGGCCCAUCGACGCAGUAUUUCUGUACCAGACCUUACAUUUGUGCCAGGUGGAGCAUAUUCUACAGACAGUGCCUUGUUGUCUACUGCUUCUGAUGCCAUUUUCUUUGGCAUCUCUCCUGGUCUGAGUGAUACUGAUUCUGUUGCAAGUGGCUCAAUCGGUGAUGGACCACUUUUUGCAGACAAGCUUUAUGAUGCAGUCCCCGAGACUCCACUCAGAGUCCGUCAGAUGGAUCAUUCAGCUGCAGCUCUCAAUAGAAUCAGUGCACCAGUGACACUUUAUGACCAAAUGAGCUACAUCACCGGCUCAGACAACAAAUUGUCCUCCACUCAAGAAGGUUUGUAUGCACAAGUGGAAAAAAGAACCAAGGCAAAUGUACCGAAAUUUUCUUUUGAUCCUGUUCCUGCACCAAGACACAUUUUUACCAAUGUACAAGCUCCGUCCCCAAGACCAGAUCUUGGGGAGAGGGUGAGUCUGUCUGGUGAAGAAAGCCAAACAGACAGGGUGCAUUCAGAAUCUGUUGCUGCAGCACUGGCCAGAGCACACUCACUUGGAGAACAAAUGACCCCUUCCACACAAAGGAAGGCCAUAUCAGUUGAGCAGAGAAAGUCAUCAUCUGAAAAAGGGACUCCACCAGCAAUCAGAGCAAAUGCUCCUGCAGAUAGGAUGUCUCUGUUAUUAGAUACUCUGGCUACUCCUUUGGAGAGUACAGAUGGUACCUCUCUGGACUCUGCAUGUGGCACUCCCAGCGAGGAGCAUGUCAACCUGCACUGGACAACGGACUCGGAAGAACUGGACCGAGAACCCUGUUCUCCUUUGCUGAUGAGAGAGUUUUCCAUGGACGAAUGUCUGCUAGAUGAAACCCAGGCUGAGGAGGCCCUGGACGAGAUAGCAGAGAUGUCCAGUGAACCGUGUGAGUUCUUUGACGAAAAUUUUCAAGAUCCUUUAGAAAACUUUGAGGUUAUGACAGUUGGUCCUGAGGCUCAAAUACCUGCUGCAUGCCAGAGGUACCUCUUGAACGUCAACCUAAAACAAGGAAGGAACCUGGUCAUCAGAGAUAAGCGCUCCGGCACCAGCGAUCCUUAUGUGAAGUUCAAACUUGAAGGGAAACAGUUCUACAAAAGCAAAGUGGUGUAUAAAAACUUGAAUCCACGGUGGAACGAGUCCUUCUCUCAUCCCCUUCGAGACAGAGAGCAUGUUGUGGACGUUCGGGUCUAUGAUAAAAAUCGGACCGCUGAUGACUUCAUGGGUUCCAGCUCGAUUUCUCUGAAAAAUCUUGAAUUGUACAAAACCUAUGAAAUGGAGUUGCGUCUUGAUGAUCCAAAAAGUAAAGAAGACGACAUGGGAGUAAUUAUUGUUGAAGUCUGCUUAAUGUUUAGAGAUGCCACAAUCAAGAAGAAUAGAUGGCCACAAAGAAAGAAUAAGCAGAACCAGGCCACACCGUCUCCGCGCCCAGCAGAGACACAGAAGAAUCAGCUGAAGAACCAGAUGUGGACCGGGGUGCUCGGUAUCACCUUGGUGGAGGGACAGGACCUGCCGCAGUACGGUCAGGGUGACAUUUACGUCCGCUUUCGCCUCGGUGAUCAGAAGUACAAGAGCAAGAACCUUUGCAUUCAGGCGAAUCCCCAGUGGAGAGAGCAGUUUGACUUCAAUCAGUUUGAAGAUAACCAGGAACCUCUGCAGGUGGAGUUGUUCUCAAAGAGAGGAAGGAAGGGUGAAGAAUCAUGGGGAAUGUUUGAGGUCGACCUGUCGAGACUCCCACUUAAUGAGAGACAGUUCUACACUCAUGUGCUGGACCCGGGAAAAGGCAAACUGGUGUUUUUGGUCACUUUGAGACCCUGCUGGGGAGUCUCCAUCUCUGACAUCGAAACAGCUCCCUUGACGAAGCCAGAUGAGAGGGACAUGGUGGUGGAGAAGUUUAGCUUAAGAAACUCUCACAAGUGUGUGGGAGACGUUGGCUUCCUUCAGGUCAAUGUUAUGAAAGCAAAUGAUCUUCCUGCAACAGAUCUCAAUGGAAAAAGCAACCCCUUAUGUGUUGUCGAGCUCGGGAACUGUAAACUUCAAACUCACACAGUCUACAAGACGGUCAAUCCGGAGUGGAACAAAGCCUUUACAUUCCCAAUUAAGGACAUUCAUGAUGUAGUCGAGUUGACUGUCCUUGAUGAAAAUGGAGACAAAGCCUCAAACGUUUUGGGGAAAGUGGCCAUUCCUCUCCUGACUGUUCAGAAUGGGCAGCCGAUAUGUCUGUUCUUGAAGAAAGAAGACUUGGGAAGUACAUCUAAAGGCACCAUCACACUGGUGCUGGAGGUUAUCUAUAACAAAGUCAGAGCUGGUAUCAGAACCUUCCAACCAAAGGAGACAAAAUUAACGGAGGAAAACCUGAAGUUCUCCAAAAAGGUUCUUGCCCGGAAUAUAUAUCGGGUUCGAAAAAUCAGCACAGCAGUUCUGUACACGUUACAGUACAUUAAAAGCUGUUUUCAGUGGGAGAGCACGCAACGGAGUCUAAUAGCCUUUCUGAUCUUCAUUGUGACAGUGUGGCACUGGGAGCUCUUCAUGCUACCCCUCUUCCUGCUGCUGCUCAUCGGCUGGAACUACUUCCAGCUUACUACAGGAAGGGCCAGCUCCAACCAGGACCUGGUGAACAUGACCAUGGGUGACGACGAAGAGGAAGACGAGAAGGAAUCCGGAAAAAAGGGUUUGAUGGACAAGAUACAUAUGGUGCAGGAAGUAGUGCUGGCUGUCCAGAACGUUUUGGAGGAACUCGCCAACAUUGGAGAGCGAACCAAGAACAUUUUCAACUGGUCUGUCCCAUUCUUGUCAUGCUUGUCGUGUUUGGUGAUGUUCGUGUCAGCAGCCUUGUUAUAUUUCAUCCCACUGCGAUACAUUGUGCUGAUAUGGGGUGUUAACAAAUUUACCAAGAAGCUGCGCAACCCAUAUACUAUUGACAAUAAUGAAAUACUGGAUUUCCUCAAGAGGGUGCCUUCUGAUGUUCAAAAGGUGCAGUACAGUGCGCUGAGAGCGCCCACCAGCCAGAGCCAGCCGCGGAGGAAAAAGUAAGCUCCAUAGACACGCUGGAUGAAAGGCUGGUCUCUUUUUAAAUGUGGUACGAUGCAGUCCACCUGACAACAAUGCUCCGGUGCCAGCAGAGCCCAUGACCCUGUGCACCCCACCACACCACCCUAAGUCUGCCCCCUGCUGCUGAGGGGCAGCCAGCCACUCUCUGGCUUGUGUGUUUGCCACCCCCCUGACAGGGGCUGUGAACUGCAGCGGCUAGGAGGGCAGCACAUGGCGCUGUCAAUCACAAGCUUGGAGGUAAAGAAAAGAGAGCAUUGCAGGGCUCAGCCUUCAUCUUUGGAUAUAAUUUAGAAAAGGAAUGAAAAGCGUCGGGUUUGGCUUUCCUAAGACCUUCCCUGUUUUACUUUUUUUUUUACUUUAGUGAAACUGAGAAAUUUGCCUUAAGGUAAAAAUAAUACGAGCUUAACAAACCUCCACAAUAUACUUCUUUAUCAGUGUGUUAAUUUACUUAAAGGUCAAGAGGUUGUGUAUAUUUUUAAAUAAUCAAGCAGAACUAAUGUCUUUUGCUGCACAUUUAAUAUGUUAGGACAGAGUAUGGAGUUUCACUGUUUUUUUGUGCAGUGGAUUUGCUGUAUAUAUAACAAUGCUGUCAGCUUCCUUCAUUUUAUCUCAGCAAGAAAAAAUCUAUUUAUGUACUUAUGUGUAUUAUUUCCAGCUGCCUUUUCUUGAGUGAAGUUUCUGCAUUCGGUGUAUGUUAGAUUUAAAGUUUUUAUUUCUGCUCAGUAUCAUGUCUGCAUCACCGAAUGGAGAAUUUGUAAGAAUCCUGAAUAAAGAAUCUUGAUCAGUUUGA